AUGAACUUUGGUUCGUUUACUUUCGAAUACCCUGUGGAGCGCUCGUCUCUCGGGCCCACCCUUCCGAGCAGUACCUGGACGGGUACCUCCGAAGGCCCCUCGCGGACGUCUCUGGAUUAUGACUACAUGAGAAAAUUCGCCGAUCAUGAGAGGCAGCUGCAAGACAUUACCAACCAGUGGACGUUGUCGAUUCCAUGGCAUGGCUCCAUUGGGGUCAAGACCGCAGAUAUCCUGGGUGUGGCGCCCAGCACGCCGUCCUACGACGACGAUCUUCAAGAAGAUCUUCCCCGCAAGAAGCGCGCGAAGGGGAAGGCUAUCGCAGCGAACGAGAACACGGAGGCCUCGUUUGAGCCCAUCCGGCAUCCCCCAGCCGUCGCUCCCCCCGCGCCUACUCCGGCACAGAGGCCACCCUCGCCCGUCAAGGCAUGCGCCAAGCGGCCGCGAGCAGCUUCCAGCAAGCCCACAACUGUCAAGACGUUCGCUAUCCACCUAGGCGAGCUCGAUGUUGAAGACCCGCACAACGUGCGGUGCCAUUGGGACGGCUGCCACCAGGUCAUCCCGCGGGUGCUGUGGCAAGGUCAUAUGAAUGAAUAUGUACAUCAUUUGACGCGCCAGGGUGUCAAGAACGGCGGGUGGUGGAAAUGCAAAUGGCCGGGGUGCGAAAUACGCGAGAACACGCACGCGUUGAUGGAGGCACACUUGCGGAAGAGCCAUUUCGUGAAAGACCUCCCUUUCUGCGACAUGUGCGAUGAAUUUUUCGAUGGACGGGACGAGCUCAAGGAGCAUCAAGCUGAGGAGCAUGCCGAUGUUCUGGCGUAUCGUUAA